UCGAUGAAACAUGGACUGAGAUGGCUCAAGUGUACUCUGAGUUAGUCUGGAAAUAAGUUGUUAAAUUGUCAGCAAGUUCCUCUCGAUCUAGUUAGAGUCUCAAAAUUCCGAAACUUUAAAGAUUAUUGUGAUUCCAGGUUAUUUUAAAAACAUCUUUAAGUUAAUAAUUAUGGAUUCGGGACUAACUUCACUGGCUGAAUGUAUUUGGCUUUUCAAGUUGCUGUUCAUUGUAACAGCCACUGUAACUGGAUUUGAAGUUUCAAUCGAUGUAAAGCCCCCAGCCGUGGAAUUUGGAGGUUCCAUCGAGAUGAACUGCAGCACAACAUGUCCAAAACCAAUAGUAAAUGUAGAAUAUAAAUCAGGGGCAAACUUUCAGAGAACAAAGGGCAGUACUUGGUACAGUGACUAUUUCCCAACUGCCCAGCAGUGGGAUUUAACAUUAGCAUGUUCUGUGAUGUGUAUCUCUGGGCUGAAGGGGAAGACAGCGAAUGUCCCAGUAUACAAUCGAGAGAUAAACAUUACAGUACUCCCUGAAGUGCUGGAGAUUAACAGGACAUAUCAUCUGGAGUGCAUUGGUCCAAGAGUCUAUCCAAACAACAAACUCAUUCUCACAUGGCUGAGAGGGAGUGAGAUUGUUCAGAGAGAUUCCACAGGCAAACCAGGUCUUCCGGAUGAAGAUAAAAGGUUGAGAAAUGUCUUCAAUGUCGUUGCGAGUCAAUCAGAUGAUGGACAGGAGUACACCUGCUUGGCUGAAGUGGACUUGGGCUCUAACACCACAAAGUCAAUCACAAACUCUUCUGUCACUCUGCAAACUUACGCUUUCAUGGAUCAGCCGAGAAUCCUGGACAAAAGACCCAAAGAAGUGAAGCGAGAGGUCACAUUAACAUGUGAGGUCUCAAAUGUCUAUCCUGCUGAGAAGAUGAGAGUAAGAUGGUUUCAGGAUGGUGUGGAACUGAACUCAAAUACCACAAGGCCAAAUUCCAACACUGUCCGAAUAACAGCAGCAUGGACACCACAGGAAUCUGGUCUGAUGGAAGUCGUCUGUAUGGCCGAUUUUGAGAAAUAUCCAUCAAUUCCCCCAAAGAAUGAUAGUGCUUUCAUUGAGGUGUAUGCUUUCUCUUCCCCUGAAAUCCAAGUACCAACCACCCAGGAAGGAAAUCUGGUUAAUAUUACGUGCCGUGUGUUGAAUGUCUCAGGGGAUCUUGAACUCAGACUGAAGAAAGGAAAUGACACAUUAGUGAAUGGAUCAAGCAGUACUGGGCUCACUAUCUCUCAUACAGUAGAGGCUGAAGCUAAGCUGGAUGGACAGCAGUAUAUCUGUGAAGCUGAACUGAAACUUCAAGAUCACUCAAUGACGAGCCCUGUUAUUAAACAACAGAUUGGAACCCUCCAUGUCCUGUAUGCACCAGCAAAAGCAGAGAUCUUUAAAGCUCAAGAAAACUGGAUUGAAGGGGAAUCACAGAAUUUAACAUGUCAUGGGCAAGGGAACCCAGAUCCCCAGAGGGUCUGGAUCAAAGAUGGGAGAAUGGAAAGCAGAGAGAUACUCUACAUCCCAUCUGUUCAAAUGCAGCAUGGGGGACUGUACGUGUGCAUGGUCAAAAAUGAGCACGGAUCUAAAACCUCAUCUCUAAAUGCAACUAUUUUGUAUAAACCACGAGACACAAUCAUGACCAUAUCGGUAAAUAACAAAACCAUAUCAGGAAAUAACACAACCAUGUCAAGCAUUCUAGUAGAAGUUACUAAAGGUGAUAAAAUUACAUUAAGCUGUAAGUCCAAUGGAAGACCCUCACCUACAUUAGAGUGGGUAAACCCCAGUAAUGGCAGCAACAUUGAGAUUGGUCCCUCUGGAUUUCUGCACAUUCCGGACGUAACCUCAGAACAUCAAGGAAUUUAUAAAUGUAGAGCUACCAAUCAAUAUGGAAUUGAUGAGAAGGAAGUGGACAUCAGGAUCAAAGAUUUCACAUGGAUACUACCAGUGACUGUAGGAACAGCAACAGGAUUGAGAAUAGUUACAGGGAUAACCUUGUACUUGAAGUGGAGAUCCAGAACAGAAGACAGUAUAAAUUAAACAAAAGAAACCCAAUUCACAGAAGCCCAACAGGAAUGAUCAUCAGGAAGAUGUUCCUUUGAAGGAACUUGAUCCAUAACUUGGUAGCACAAGAAUUACAAACUAAUAUGAUAUAUGUUCUGAUAGAUAUAUUAUAUAUUCUGAUAUAUAUGAUGUAUGUUCUGCAAACACAGCAGCUCGAUCAGUGUCUCAGGGAAAAUGCUGGAACCUAUUUAAAAGAUGUAAGAAAAUCAUCAUAUGAUGAGGAAUCCUUCUGUCAACAACAAGAACAUGCAUUUUCUUAAACCUUUAAUGUAAUAGAUAUCCCAAGGUGCUUUGCAGAAGCCAUAAGACCACAAGAUAGAGGAUCAGAAUUAGACCACUCGGCCAUUAAGCCUGCUGCACACGUCGAUCAUGGCUGAUGUUUCUCUACCCCAUUUCCCCAUAUUCUUUCACUCCCUUACUAAUCUGUCUUAAAUAUGCUCAAUGACUUGGUCUCCACAGCCAUCUGUGGCAAUGAGUUCCACAGAUUAAUUACCCUCUAGGUGAAGAAAUUCCUUCCCAUCUCAGUUUGAAAAGGUCAUCCCUUCACUCUGAGGCUUGAUCUCAGCUCCUAGUCUCUCCUCAAUGUCCACUCUAUCCAGCCCCCUCAGUAUUCUGUAACUUUCAAUCAGAUUCCAUCUCCCUCCCCCCAUCUUUCUGAACACUAUCCAGUACAGACCAAGUGUACUCAACUGCUCCACAUAUGACAAUCCCUUCUUCCGGGUAUCAUAAUUGUAAGACUCUUCUGGACUCCUCCAAUGCCAGCACAUCCUUCCUUAGAUAUGGGGCCCAAAACAGUUCACUAUGUUCCAAAUGUGGUCUGACCAGAGCCAUAUAGAUCAUUAGCAGGACAUCCCUGCUCUUGUACCCUUACUCUCUUGAAAUGAAUGUUAACAUUGCAUUUGCAUCCAAAUUGCCAACUGAACCUGCAUGCUAAGCUUAGGGGAAUCAUGAAUUAGGAUUCCCAAGUUCCUUUGUGCUUCAGAUUUCUGAAGCCUUUACCAAUUUGGAAAAUACUCAACUUCUCUUCUCUCUACUGAAGUCCAUAACUUCACACUUUCCCAGAUUGUAUUCCAUCUGUCAUUUUUUUAUCCACUCUCCAAGCCUGUCCAAAUCCUUCUGCAGCCUCUCUGCAUCCUCAGCACAACCUGUACCUUCACCGAGGAAGCAAUAAUGAACAACAUGUAAACACUAUUAGGGAGUUGGAUUUCAAACGAAAGACAGAUGAACCUUGGUUAAUUCUGUGAUAUUGUUUUAAGGUCAGAAAGUCAAUGUGGAACAGUAAUGUAAAGAUCUCAGUUUCACAGUAACAUCUGAUCACUGCAGAAUGCCUGUAGGAACACCUGUUAUAUUAAUAGGUACAAUACUCAUAGUCAUAGAGUCAUAGAGAUAAACAGCACGGAAACAGACCCUUUGGUCCAACUCGUCAAUGCUGACCAGAUAUCCCAACCCAAUCUAGAGUCUUGUAUUUAUGAAAAGUACUUCAAAUACAUGAACGAAAAUAGUUUAGUUUUAAUCUCAGAACAGAAAGUUCAAAGGUUUUAUUCAGAAGAACCAGCCACAGUGCUUUGUAGAGCUUUCAAACCAGGAGACUUUGCAUACAAUUUUUCAAGUUGGAACUGAAAAUGUUUUGGCAGUUUAAUUUAGAUAAAUGUGAGAUGCUGCAUUUUGGGAAAGCACAUCUUAGCAGGACAUAUACACUUAAUGGUAGGGUCCUAGGGAGUGUUGCUGAACAAAGAGACCUUGGAGUGCAGGUUCAUAGCUCUUUGAAAGUGGAGUCGCAGGUAGAUAGGCUAGUGAAGAAGGCAUUUGGUAUGCUUUCCUUUAUUGGUCAGAGUAUUGAGUACAAGAGUUGGGAGGUCAUGUUGCAGCUGUACAGGACAUUGGUUAGGCCACUGUUGGAAUAUUGCGUGCAAUUCUGGUCUCCUUCCUGUCAGAAAGGUGUUGUGAAACUUGAAAGGGUUCAGAAAAGAUUUACAAGGAUGUUGCCAAGGUUGGAGGAUUUGAGCUACAGGGAGACGCUGAACAGGCUGGGGCUAUUUUCACUGGAGCGUCAGAGGCUGAGAGAUGACCUUAUAGAGGUUUACAAAAUUAUGAGGGGCAUGGAUAGGAUAAAUAGACAAAGUCUUUUCCCUGGAGUCGGGGAGUCCAGAACUAGAAGGCAUAGAUUUAGGGUGAGAAGGGAAAGAUAUAAAAGAGACCUAUGGGGCAACCGUUUCAUGCAGAGGGUGGUACGUGUAUGAAAUGAGCUGCCAGAGGAAGUGAUUCAGACUGGUACAAUUGCAACAUUUAAAAGGCAUUGGAUGAGUAUAUGAACAGGAAGGGUUUGGAGGGAUAUGGACCGGGUGCUGGACGGUGGGACUAGAUUGGGUUGGGACAUCUGGUCGGCAUGGACGGGUUGGACCGAAGGGGAUGUUUCUGUGCUGUACAUCUCUAUGACUCUAUGACGUCAGAAUUGUGAGAGGUUCACAGCAGCAGAUUCAGAAUGGAAUUGGAAAUAAAUAUUCUCAACAGUCGAAGGAGAAUAAACUGGAAAGUCAGUUAAGUAAAAAUUUUAAGAACUGAGAUAGUAAUGAUAUUUUUCUGGAACUGAGUCAGUUAAAUUUGUUCUUUUCUUCUUUUCUGCAAUAAAUUUAUGCUCUUCUUAAAGAACACCUGGAGCCUCAUAUAAAUAUGUUUCAGAGAUUAACCUUCAUGUUGAAUAGCUGGAAAAUUAAACAUUUGAUCUAUGAAGCCAGGUUUCAUUCUACAUUAUGACUUAUCUUAUAAUACCAUCAGCAGGGAUCUUCACAAAAUUAUGAAAAAUAAUUUGCUACUGAGCCUUAGAAUGAGAUAUUAGGAAAGCUGAUCAAUGCUUAUUCAAGAAGUAGGUUUUAGGAAACACUUAAGAGAUACAAUUAUUCGGAAUAUUGGGAAGACCAAAGGCAUUAUCUUUAGUCCCUGCUACAAACUAUGACCACAAAUCAUUUCCAUUUGUUUUACUGGAAACUGCAGAUUUGGGCCUGAAUGUUCACUGACUCCAAAUGCUCCAAACCAUCUAAAACUGUUGGGGCAAGAGCCACUUCUAGGAUUUCUGUCCCCUAUUUCCAGCAUCCAUGUGGUCAUGGAGUAAGGUGCAGGUAGCAAGUCUGAACGUUGCCUCCCAACCUGGUUGACUCUGCGAAGGGCUUGCCAUUUCCUAACCCCCUUGCAAUUUGUGGGGAAUUGGCCAGCUUCACUAUGACUCAUUGUUCAUGGUGCUCAGAAGACUCAUGUACCAGAGAACCUUCUGUUCAAAAGUUCUUUCCCACUUAAUGGGAAGGUCUGAGGGCGUGUUGCUGAACAAAGAGACCUCGGAGUGCAGGUUCCGAGUUCCUUGAAAGUGGAGUCACAGACAGAUAGCAUAGUGAAGAAAGUGUUUUGUGCUUUCCUUUAUUGGUCAGCACAUUAAGUAUAGCAGUUGGGAGGUCAUGUUGCUGCUGUAGAGGACAUUGGUUCAGCCACACUUGAAAUAUUGUUUGCAAUUCUGGUCUCCCUCCUGUAGGAAGGAUGUUGUGAAAUUUGAAAGGGUUCAGAAAAAACUUACAAGGAUGUUGCCAAGUUUAAGGGUUUGAGCUAUAAGGAGAGGCUGGAUAGGCUAUGGCUAUUAUCCCUGGAGCAUCAGAGGCUGAGGGGUGACCUUAUAGAGGUUUAUAAAAUUAGGUCUUUUCCCCCGGGUGGGGGAGUCCAAAACUAGAGGGCAUAGCUUUAGGACAAGAGGGGAAAAAAUUAAAAGGACCUAAGGGGCCACAUUUUUAUGCACAGGGUAGUGUGAGUUUGAAAUGAGCUGUCAGAGGAAGUGAUGGAGGUUGCAACAAUUACAAUAUUUAAAAGGCAUCUGGAUGGGUAUAUGAAUAGGAAGGGUUUAGGGGAAUAUGGGCCAAGUGCAUAUGGUCAGCAUGGAUGAGUUGGACUGAAGUGUCUGUUUCCGUGCUGUACAUCUCUCUGACUCUAUGCAUUGAGACAAGUCAUGCCUCCAUUCAACUCCAUGGUCCUUUAUGGAUCCAUGACAAGUUCAGACAGAUAGAGCCAUACAGUGAUAAAGUCAAACAGCACAGAAACAGAUGAUGCCAGCCCAUUGUCACAUCCACCCCCUUGGCCACUUAUAGCUCCUAUGUCAAUGCAAUGCCAACUCAUCCACACCCCCCGUACCCAUCAUACCAAGGCAAAACCCUGCCAUCCCCACAUACCAACUGCUCACUAAUUCAUUGAUGAGACUGAGCUUUCAGCCAAGCAGACAUCCAGUAUGAAGACAUCCAGUACUUUAUAAAAUGUUCUUAAAAUUGUCCUGAUAUUUCAUGCUUACCUAAAAUCCCAGACUGAUUUAAGGAUAUUCUCAGUGAGGGUUCGGUUUUGAUAAUUUGGAGAGACUGGUUGACUUUGUUUGAUUGACAUUGUCAAGUGAUUACAACAAAUUGUUCUUUCUGGAUCUUUGUCAUCAAUAUCUCAAUGUUUAUUUGCAC